CAUAUAUAAUGUCCUUAAAAUCAUUUAUUUUGAUAUGCUUGAUUUAUAUAGGAUAUUGUAAAGAAUCAGGUGAAAAACAUCUAACAAUUCUUACUUAAUCUAUAGGAUCUAUGUUAGUUUCUGAAAUAGGAGAUAAAGUAUAAAAAGUUUUUAAGAUAAAAAAUAGACAUUUUUUUUGGCAGCUAUAUUGUCAAUGAAGUUCAAUAGGUUAGCUGUAUUCACUGGAGCAGCAGGAGCAUUAAUUUUGAUGACAGCAAUAAGUUGUGCUUUUGGUAUAAUAGUUCCAACUCUUUUGCCUCGAUUUUACACUGCGAUUGUUGUGACGAUCAUCUUUUAUUUCUUUGGUUGUAAACUUCUCUUUGAUUGGUAUCAUAUGGAGAAUGAAGGUGAUAAGGAAGAAUUAAAAUAAGUAGAAUUGGAGCUAGAAGAACUAGAUAAAAAAUUACUUAGCAGUCACAAAAUUAUAGAUCCUGAAAAUCCAUCUGAAGGAUAAAAAACAAGUAAAAUAUUUAAAUCAAUAUAGAUUUGGCAUCUGUUGUGCCUAUUUAAUAAAUUAUUUGGUAAGCCUUUAUAAUGACAUUUUUGGGAGAAUGGGGUGAUAGAAGUUAGAUAACAACAAUAAGUUUAACAGCUGUUUAAGAUGCUGAUAUUGUAUUUUUGGGAUGCAGCAUAGGCCAUUUAAUUUGUACUACUAUAGCUGUUGUUGGAGGGAAAUUGUUAGCUCAUUAGAUUUCAGAAAAGACUGUUAAUCUGGUUGGAGGAAUAGUAUUUAUAAUCUUUGGGUUGAUGCAUACUUAUGAUUUAAUAACUGGCCAUUUGGAUUGAAU